AUUGAGUUUCCAGUUCGUGAACGACUGAACUAAAUAAUUGCCAUAAACAUAUCAUAUGGAAUAAGAAUACAAUUUCGCCAACAAAUUCGAUUAUCGCACAAUGCAAAAUGGUUCAAUCUUCCAGUGAUGAUCUCUACACCAUUCUAGAAUUAGAUAGCCGAUAUUAUGGUUUCCUUGAUUUGACGGAUCCCAAGAAUAAUGGAAUUAAGGAUCUUAUUCAACAAACCAUUACCGUUUUGCAAGAUGAGGUGGCCAGCUCGCAUUCAAUAAGUAUAAUUAAACAACGGGAUGGACAACAAGCAAAUGUAAAAAGUGAUGGAUCUAUCAAAUAUGAGGAACAUAUAAAGGAAAACUCUGGCACAUUAGAGUCCAAUAUUAAAGAUUCAAAAUUAAGUGUGUCAAAUGAAAUCACAACUAAGGGAAAUCUCGGAAUCGGAGAAGUUGAUAUAAACACCUACUGUAAACUCGGUCAUUUACAUUUACUGUUGUCAGAAUAUUAUGAAGCUCUUUCUGCAUAUCAAAAGUAUAUGCGAUUAUGUGAAAAAUAUUGGAAUAACCACAGCUUUAUAUAUGGACUCGGAAUCGUUUACUUCGAAUUUCGCUGUUUUAAAUGGUCAAUUAAACUAUUCCAAGAACUUUUAUACUUGAACCCAUAUUUCAUCUGUGCAAAUGAAGCCCAUCUCCGUCUAGGACUAAUGCUUAAAGUUAAUGGCGAUUUUCGUAGUGCACUUAAACAUUUACAGCUGGCGUUAGCGGAUGCAUCGCGCUCAACGUUUUCGGAUCUGCAAGUUAAAUUUCAAAUAGCUCAUCUGUAUGAAGUACAAAAUAAACACAAGGCUGCAAAAGAAUCCUAUGAAUUUAUCUUAAAUGACAAAAAUAUAUCCUUGGACUUAAAGGCGGACAUAUACAGACAAUUAGGAUGGAUGUAUCAUUGUGUCGAAUGCCUAGGCGAAAAAAAAGAACGUGAAUCGAAUGCAUUACGUUUUUUACAAAAAUCAAUUGAAGCAGAUCCAAAGUGUGGACAAUCAUUAUAUUUAUUGGGGAGAUGUUACGCUGGAGUAAAUAAGGUUCAUGAUGCGUUUCUAGCCUAUAGGAAUUCUGUUGAAAAAAGUGAAGGGAAUGCAGACACCUGGUGCUCAAUCGGUGUCUUAUAUCAACAGCAAAAUCAACCAACUGAUGCACUCCAAGCAUACAUAUGCGCAGUUCAAUUGGAUAAAGAACACAGAUCGGCGUGGACAAAUUUGGGAAUUCUAUAUGAAAGUUGCGGGCAAUUGCGAGAUGCAUACGCAUGCUAUUUAAAUGCGGUUAAACAAAUAUCAAACCAGAAAAUAAACAUUGCCCGUGAAGGAAGUAAGCCUAUAUUAUUUACAAGUAGUACAAAUGGACUAACAAAGGGCAUAUUACAACGAGUAAAAUUCCUGGAAACCCAGCUUAACCAAGCACCACUGCCAAGUAUUACAUCUAAACGACGCCAGCUUUGUUCAAUUGAAGAGGCGUGGAACCUUCCAAUAUCAUUAGAAAUAAACUCUCGUCAACAGCAAAACGUUCAAAUGCAGCACAGACAGUAUGGAAAGAACUCAUCUGUACAGGGACCGCCGCCACCCUACCCACACGGAAGUCAAAACAAUCCAACACCUGCAAAACGAGCAAAAGAUGAUACCGAAAUGUCCGAAAUUAAUCUAUCAGAGCAACGGGAAAUUAAUACACCGCAACUUACACAACAAAAUCAAAGAGUAUUUAAUGUACAGAAAGAAAAAUUUGGACCACAGCUAACCACUUCAUACCGCCAGCCCCUAAAUGACAGCAUGUCUUCAUUAGGAACAUCAGUAACACAUGGAGGUGAUGUAACAUCUGUAAAGAAAAAUACAUUUUGUUCAGAAGUAUUAUCAACUAAAAUCAUAAAAGAAGAAUCAACAGAUUUAGAAAGAAGUUUUUCUUCAAAUGAUCAGGUUUCAUUAGACCAGUCAUUAAAUGCCUGCAAUCAAAAUAUUUUGACGGAGUUAGUUGAAGAUCACAACGAAAGCUCGGCUCAUAACGAUGAUAGCAAAACCCCCAUUAAUUAUGAGAGCUUAACGCAAAUCAAUGAUUAUAGUCAGAAUAUGCAGAAGACCAAAAUUGAAUAUGAUCAGGAUCCCGAUGCAUCACCAACAUUUAAUAUACAAAUGGAGUCUAAACAAUUGUGGUCAGCAGUACAACUUUUGCCGGUUCAUGAGCCACCGAUAAGUUAUACAGUUCUAUUGAGAAGUGCACCUCCGCCAGCGCCACCGGACUGUCCGCCACAGAAGCUUUCAAGGGAACAGCUCUUACCACCAACUCCAUCGGUUCACUUGGAAAAUAAAAAAAAUGCUUUUAGCCCGCAGUUGCAAGAGUUUUGUCUAAAGCAUCCUAUUGCAGUUGUACGUGGGUUAGCUGGUGCUCUUAAGUUAGACUUGGGACUAUUUUCAACUAAAACGCUUGUCGAGGCUAAUCCGGAUCACAGCGUAGAAGUCAGAACCCAAGUAAAUCAGUCUCCUGAUGAAAACUGGGAUAUAUCUCAAGCUAAAAGAGUUUGGGCAUGUAUAUCACAUCGAUCUCAUACAACAAUAGCAAAAUAUGCUCAAUAUCAAGCAUCAAGCUUUCAAGAUAGUCUAAAGGAUGAAGGCGACAAAGGCUCUGCAGGAUCCCAAGUGAUGUCUGAUUCCGAUUCGAAGGACUCAGUAUCUAAUUCAAAUAUUAAUUUAAAACGUAAAAAACCAAAAAACGGAAGUAAAAUGCUAAGAUUCGGAACCAAUGUUGAUCUUUCUGACGAACGAAAAUGGAAACCGCAAUUAAGCGAAUUACAAAAGUUGCCUGCCUUUGCAAGAGUAAUUUCUGCAGCCAAUAUGUUGUCUCACGUAGGCCACGUCAUUUUGGGAAUGAAUACUGUGCAAUUAUAUAUGAAAGUGCCAGGGAGUAGAACACCUGGGCAUCAAGAAAAUAAUAAUUUUUGCUCAAUUAAUAUAAAUAUUGGACCAGGAGAUUGCGAAUGGUUUGCUGUGCCCGAUUCUUAUUGGGGUGGUAUUCAUAAUCUUUGUGAAAAAAAUAAUAUCAGCUACUUACACGGCUCGUGGUGGCCAGUUUUAGAAGACUUAUAUAAAGAAAACAUACCAGUAUAUCGGUUCAUUCAGAAGCCUGGAGACUUAGUUUGGGUAAAUGCUGGAUGUGUUCAUUGGGUACAGUCUGUAGGAUGGUGCAAUAAUAUAGCAUGGAAUGUUGGACCACUGACUGCACGACAGUAUUCUCUUGCCAUUGAGCGUUACGAGUGGAACAAGCUUCAAAGCUUUAAAAGUAUUGUGCCUAUGGUACACUUAAGCUGGAACUUAGCAAGAAAUAUAAAAGUUUCAGAUGUCAAACUCUUUGAGUUAAUAAAAAUGUGCUUGUGUCAAUCUUUAAAAAAUGUUUUUCAUAUACAAGAAUAUGUGAAGUCCAAAGGAGUUGAAAUACGUUUUAAUGGCCGUGGAAAAAACGAGGCGUCCCACUAUUGUGGACAAUGUGAAGUCGAAGUUUUUAACGUUUUGUUCAUAAGAGAGCAGGAGAAAAGGCAUGUGGUUCAUUGUUUACCAUGUGUACUGAAACUAUCACCAUCGUUACAAGGCAUUGUUUGCUUGGAAGAAUACCGAUUGUCAGAGUUGGAGCAUGUGUACGACUCUUUUACUCUGUAUAGAACUCAAGGACUUGGACAAUCGCAUUAAUUAAUUUAAGUAAUG